AGCCAGUACUCGAAACAUUCGCAGCAAGUGUCGAUCAGUAGUCAUUUGUAGAAGCAGCAUGUCAUUAAGCAACAAGAGUGCCGUGAUUACAGGUGGAGCAAACGGAAUUGGUUUCGCCACAGCAGAAGAACUUCUGAAAGCUGGAGUUUCGAAAAUUCUUAUUUUGGAUCUUGGCAUCAGUUUGGAUACGGCCCAACAAACACAAUUGAAGUCCUGCAAUCCAAAUGCUACCAUUCUCUACUCUGAAUGUGAUGUUUCGAACAAAGCACAACUUGAGAAGGUCCUUUGCCAGGACGCCGUUCAAUGGCUAGGAUCGAUCGACAUUUUGGUGAAUUCAGCAGGUGUGUUCGAUCGUGAUCCCGCUCGUUGCAUUGGCAUUAACUUGAUUGGUUUGAUUGACUGUACAACGAUCAUGUUCGACUUGAUGGCCAAAAAUAAAUCUGGUAAUGGGGGUGUCGUUAUCAAUAUUGCAUCGGUAGCUGGAUUGGAACCUUCACAAGUUUGCGCAGUGUAUGGUGCUUCGAAAUUUGGAGUCAUUGGUUUCACGAGAUGCUUAGGGCAAUCUGAGCAGUUGUGGAAAGACGCGGGUGUAAAAGUGGCUGCUGUUUGUCCGGGAGCGACUCGCACCAAUAUGAUAAAAUUAGCCACGAAAGAUGCAGCUGCAGUUAAGCUAAUGGAAACAAUGACAGUUCAAGAGCCGAGCGUCGUUGGCAAAUGUGUUAUUAAGGCCAUCCUGGAAGGUGACCCUGGAUCAGUUUGGGUUGCGUCUGAGAAUAAAAUAAGUCAAAUUCAUUUUGAACCCAACAAGUUUAUUUAGUAAAAUAAGCUGUUAAGUUAAUAUCUCAAAAGAAGAAAAAAAUACACACCAACUCACGACACAAUUCAAU